AGCCACAGCUCGGCGGACAGAAGGAGCUAUUCAUCCUGACAUGUCACUGCGACGACAGCACUAAAAGGUAUGAGCUGUGGAUUAUCAUAUCCUGUGUAAAGCAAACUUUUGCAAACUACUUGAAUCAACUUCCUCAUGCGCUUCUGAUGACUUCAGCCAUGAGUGGAAAGGGUUGUCAGCUCCUGGUGUCUCCCUGCAGCGUGUCCCCGUCCCUAAGCAUGAUCAGAGGACACCAGCCCCACCACCAGUCCAUCAGGAUGCCCAUGUGUUCCCCACAAUGGUCCGAUCCGAAUGGUCCCUCCUCGGGCGUGGAGAAAGUGAAAAGAGGAACCGUCCACUCUUUUGCUCCUUCUGGAAAUCAGAGCGAAGGCCAUGUCGUCCUGCCGACCCUGAGCCUCCGCAGACAGGUGUUGACCAACGGGAAGCAUCUAAACAUUUCAACUGUGUCCCCAAACCAGCAAGUGCCUGCUCAUCAUCCUACAAUCAAAACAGUGACAAUACAAACGGGACGCUGCUCCUCCAACAACAGCUUCAAAGCAGGUCGCUCUGUGUCAGGGCCUACCAUGGGAGUAUUUGGUCAGCCAGCCGCUGCUAACCUGACAGUGACCAGCAGUCCCAUGACCGAGGUCACAGGCCACCGCUACACUGCAGGGCCUGCAGCACAACAUCCCCCAUCACAUCCACACAGCGUGCAGAUUCCCCACACUGAUGCCAGAUCCUUACAUUCCAGAGAAUCCCUGGCAUCCACUACGCUUAGUCUGUUUGAAACGCAGUCGGUGUUUAGUGGCAGACAUGACUGGUCGUAUGGCUACCGUGUGCUUCCUCCGCUGGGUCUGCCUCAGUGCUCCGAGGGAGGCGAGCAGCUCAGCCUUCCUCACGGCACGGCCAUGUCCGGUACGACCGUGUCGGGUGGCACUAGCAACUCCGCCUCCUUGCCCUCGUACCUCUUCGCAGGCGACGCCACAAGCCCCGGACAGUCUCGUGCAAAGAAGAGAGCACUUUCCAUGUCGCCUUUGUCGGAUGUCAUGGGUACCGAUUUCAACUCCAUCAUACGCACCUCGCCUACUUCACUUGUGGCUUAUAUCAACGGCUCCCGCAGCUCUCCAUCCUCCCACCUCACACUCUCGCCUGUCCAGUCUGAAGGUUACGGUCACUUCCUGGGCGUGAGAGGCUGCUGCAUCCCGCGCCACUACCCCCAUCCCCAGAGCACGCCAGACUCUUCGCAGGCCCUGGCCCCACAGACAGAUUAUAGCCGUAUGCAGAUGCUUGAAGAGGGAGGGGGUCUGGAGAGCCAGAUGGCCAACAUGGUGGUGGACCAGCAGUGCCUCCCAGAGGAAGGAGGGUCACUGGAGAAGACCUCAGAGAGCUGCAGCCAAACCGCCAACAACCUGCUGCCACCUCCGCAGUUACAGCCGGCCCUAUUGACCACUAUCCAAGAGGCUGCUACUCCUCCGCAGGGGCCUCCACCGCCCUAUCACUCACACCAGCACUUCCAUCUCGCAAGACUUCACUGUAAAAUAAAGCCCCAUUCUCAGGACCCCAUGGUUUAUCCCAGGCACGGGGUGAGCUUUCUACCCCAGGUGCCCAUGCUGGAGGAAGAGGAAGGAGAGCUGGAGGACUAUGGGGCCCACUGCUGCAGGUGGUUGGACUGUAGUGCAGUCUAUGACCAAAGGGAGGAGCUGGUAAGGCACAUAGAAAAGCUUCACGUGGACCAGCGGAAGGCCGAGGACUUCACAUGCCAUUGGGUGGGCUGUCCACGCAGCUUCAAGCCCUUCAACGCCCGAUACAAGCUUCUCAUCCACAUGAGGGUCCAUUCAGGGGAGAAACCCAACAAGUGCACGUUCGAGGGCUGCAAGAAGGCUUUCUCUCGGCUAGAAAACCUGAAGAUCCACCUGCGCAGCCACACGGGGGAGAAACCCUACCUAUGUCAGCACCCCGGAUGCCUCAAGGCCUUCAGCAACUCAAGUGACAGAGCAAAACACCAGCGUACACACCUGGACACAAAACCGUAUACGUGCCAGGUGCCUGGCUGUGCAAAGCGUUAUACUGACCCCAGCUCCUUGAGGAAACACGUGAAAUCCCACUCUACUAAAGAACGGCAGUUACGGAAGAAGAUGAAAUCCACUGCUGAUGGGACUCAGGACACGCUGACAGACUGUUUAACCAUCCACCCUCUACAACCAAGCCUUUCUCCUCUGGCGAGGACAGACUUGAACUCUUCCCCUUGUGCAUCCCACGAAUCAUAUUCUGCUGCUCCGCUGGGACCAGACUCCUCCAGCGAUCCUCACCUGGCUCUGUUGUGCUCCUUACAAGAUAAUUACAGGUUUGUUGAUCCCUCCCCUCACCAGCUCCUCCCCGGGGACCGGUGCUCUCCCACCUGCCUCCCACAUCCUCCCCACGGGACAUCCCUGCAGAACAACGGAGAUCUGAAGCAGCCCAGCCAGCUGCCUGAUCUGGCAGAUCCAGAGCUCUCAGGGCAGAUAUAUUCUCCUCCACGAUACGGUGGGAUCACAGCACAGACCUGCUCGAGUCACCUGAUGCAAGUCGAUGCCUUUGGUGACAGCCUCGCUCCGGCUGUCAAUAAUCCCAAUGGGGUGGCCACCUCACAAGCAGCUCUUUCCUGCAUUACAGGAUUUGAUGUCCACAGUCAAGCGCAGGAUGUGGAUCAUAAUCUAGAACUGCAUGGAGGGGAUUUCUUCAGCGCGGUGGACCACUGCACAAGCCAGAUCUCCUGCGUCUACACGGAGGGAUGAUAUUACUCGAGUUUUGUUCCUUUGCACUAUUUUGUGUCCCUGUUCCAUUCAAUUUGAUAGGAAGAACACUUUAGAUGGCGCCACAACUUUAGCAAAAUAAAGGGAUAUUUGAUUGAUUGAUUGAUUAAUUGAUUGAUAAAACAAUCUAAGAUGCUGCUCCCUGGGUCUUGAAGGAAUCGACUCUUCUCAGCGCAAGUUCUUUUCUCUCUUCGACUUAAAUCUCUAUAAAUGUACUAUUUGACUCAACACUCUUCUGCCUCCAUAAUCAAUGUAUACUAACGACUGAGCCUACAGGAUUUUAUAAUGUUUACUUUUUCAGUUUCUAUAUAUAACAAUGUUAAUAUAGUAAAUACUUCAGGUAGUUUUCUGGUGCCAUUUUUGCACAAUAUUCAACACUGCAAUCAAAGCAAAGUAUGCAAAGGGAGGGUUUUUCUUAGAAACAUGCCUUGUAACUAUAGUAACAAGACAGCCUCACCAUUUCACUCUAAUGUUCAUAGACAUAACCUGUUGUUUGAGUAUAGUACUGUGCUACGAUCGCUGCUGUACCUAUAGAUCGAGAGGCAGAUUUUUGUUGGUGACCAUACCAGUGAUUUUGCAUGUUUUAGUUUAUUUACUGCAAAUUCAUUACACUUCACUUUGUAGUUGGCCCUUUAAGAAAGCAUGGCAUGUAGUGCUGUACAUUUUUUAACCUGCUUUAUACAGCAUUCAUUUCAGUUCAUUUCCAUAUGUUAUGAAAAUGAACUUGUGGAGACUUUAAAAGUGUAAACUAUCAGUGGUUAGCUGCUUUUAUUUUACAGUUACAUUAUUAUUAUAGACUUUUUCGAUCCAGUUUGCACUUUAGCUGCAUAACCAUGCAACCAAUAAUUCAACUAGAAGUCAAAAAGAAGACAUGAUGAUCACCAUAGAUUCAGCCUACCCUACACAAAAGGCAAAUUUUAGAUUUUUAUAGUGUAGUGAAAUGAUCAGGAGGUUAAAAAAAAACUAUUCAAAACACAUCAUGAUCAGCAGCAAUGUAAAAUAUACAUGAUUUGUAGUAAAUGGGCCAAAAUAUGCAAAAAUGCUGCUGUGGUGUUUUAACUUUUGAACAUAUUUGGAUCAAUAAAAAGAAGUAAAUCAUUUGUACCCUA